GAAUGAUUUUCUGUUCGGAUUGUACUAGUUUCAAAGCUACCUUGCCCGAGCUUGAAUUGAACGAACAGGUCAGAAUGUGCCAGAAUUGUUUCCAUGCUCGAAAGGCAUCCAACGUUCGACUCGUUCCUGUUACUCCAAAAGCAGAGAAAAAGGGGAUGGCUGCGAGAGCAAAGCGCAAGAGGGAGGCUAAGGAUGUUGAUGAAGGAGAUCUUUCAAAGCUACGACUGUACUGUCCGUUCCUUGCCAAUGCGAUCAUGAAGGCAGGAAGAUUCGGCAAAAAGAAAGACGACAAGAAGAAGCCUCAGAAGGGAGAUGAUGACUUCGACAGCGAUGAUGAAGAAGCUGAGAUGUUGAAGAAGAAGAAGGAGAAAGCGAGAGCGAAGGCGAAGGCGGGUAAGAAAGGAAGCAAAGCCAAGGGGUCAUCUGGACCACUGUCUAUUGUAGCAAAGGGUAUUAGAGAUGUUCUGGAUUACGACCCUAAGAAGGGAGCCAAGGAUGAAGGCGAAGAAGCUGCUGAGAAUGAAGAUGGAGGGGGAGGGGGAGGAGAUUCGGACUGAUUGCUUGUUUGAAAAUCCUCUCAGGCAUGGUAUGACGAAAUGUUCGAUAAGAUGGAAAACAAAAUACAGCAAUUCAGAUUUUCUUCAUCGUUUUACUAGUUUCUACAUAUCACUACGUUCCUAUUGCAUGUCGAAUCAUGCUGAAGCUGUCUUGGUAACCGUUUUCACCCACUCUACACUAUAAUACAUUGAAAACCAGCG